GUCGGAUUCUUUGGUGUUCUCUGAACCUUCUUUACCUUGUCCUCAAAUGGCCCCCUCCCCACACUCCCCCUAGGAGCUGCCAGUUCCCCUCUUCCUCGAGAGGAGCACGUGAUGGAGGCUUGCAAGGUGUCGGCGGCGCUUCUUCUGGCCGCCAUUCUCCUGCUCGGCCCCGCGUCCGCCGCCGCGUCCUCCUCCUACUACCCCGCAAAGGUUGUCGGCGGGCUCCUGACAAGCACGGCGACGGCGGUGGUGAAGAAGCUGUGGUCCCUCUCCCUCAAAUCGACGACCAGCACGAGGACGGCGACGGGGACGGCGGCGGCGACAGCGGCGGGAAGGUCCAUGGUGAGGUACGAGGGCGGGUACGCGGUGGAGACAGUCUUCGACGGCAGUAAGCUGGGGAUCGAACCGUACGCCGUCGAGGUCACCCCCGCCGGCGAGCUGCUCGUCCUCGACUCGAUGAACAGCAACGUCUACAGGGUCCAGCUGCCGCUGUCCCGAUAUAGCAGACCAAAGAUUUUCACGGGUUCGCCUGAAGGAUUAUCUGGUCAUGUCGAUGGGAGGCUCCGAGAGGCGAGGCUGAACCACCCUAAGGGAUUUACAGUUGAUGACAGGGGCAAUAUUUAUGUUGCGGAUGCUAUGAACAUGGCAAUAAGAAAGAUCAGCGAUACAGGGGUCACAACCAUUGCUGGGGGGAAAUCAAUGAGAGGUGGACACAUAGAUGGUCCAAGUGAUGAUGCAAAAUUUUCUACUGACUUUGAAAUCCGCUAUAUCAGCAGUAGCUGCUCCCUCCUGGUCAUUGAUAGAGGAAACCAAGCAAUACGGGAGAUUCCGCUCCAGCCCGAUGACUGUGAAUAUCAGGAUGAAGCUGGUUUCCCUCUAGGUCUUGCCUUGCUUUUUGCUGCUGUUUUCUUUGGUUACAUGCUUGCGUUGCUUCAGCGACGGGUUUUAGGAAUGGUGUCAACAACAGAGGAACCUCAAAUUCCUCAGAGACCCACUAAUGCGGGUGUCCCUCCGUAUCAACCAUACCAAUCAUACCAGCAUCCAUUCAAGCCUUCUCUUCGACCGCCACUAAUCCCAAAUGAAGACGAGGCUGGAAAACAGGAUACUGAAGAGGGGUUCUUCACCUCAAUUGGCAAGUUCAUGGGAGGAGCGAAAUCAUCUGUGGCUGACAUAUUUUCCAGGAAAAGGCGCCCAACAAGGCAGCAUCAUCACCAGCAGCAGCGGAGAGCCAACCCUUGGCCAGUGCAAGAAAGCUAUGCCAUCCCAAAUGAUGAGACGCCACCUCCGCUGGACACAAGAGCCCCAACGCCUCGGAAGAAUUACACCUUCAUGACUACAGAGCCGGAAAAGGUUCACCAUGUCCGGCAUGGCCAGCCUUAUCUCAGCAGUUGGGAUGCAGGUGUCCCUCAGCAGCAGCUGGAGCACCAGGUGUAUCACCACCAACAGCAGCAGCACAGGCAGCAGCUGGAGCAGCAGGCAUAUCACCAGCAGCAGUUGCAGAACAGGCAGUUGCAGAACAGGCAGCUACCAGAGCAGCAGGCAUAUCCGCAGCAGCAGCACAGGCGGCAGCCGGAGCAGCAGAUGUACCACCUGCACCAGCACAGGCAGUACUCUGCAGGGCCGCAGACCUUCUACGAGCAGAGCUGCGAGACGACGAACGAGGUUGUGUUUGGCGCGGUCCAGGAGGUGGACAGCAAGCGGCGCAUGGUUGAGAUCAAGGCCGUGAACUACGGGGACACCUUCUACGAGCAGUACGGGAUGCGGUACCGCAACAACUACAUCGGCUACAACAGCAACAACAACUAUUAACAAUCAACCCCUCCCUGAUUUUCUUUUCUUUUCUUCUUGCCUCUUUUGCUAAUAUGAUUAGGUUUACCGCUCGUUCAUGUAAUCCAUGUCAUCUUCCCUCCCAGAGGCAUGUAGUAGAAAGAAGGAAAAAUGGACGAAGUAGAAAGUAGUAGUCUCCAGUCUUGGCCUUGGGCAAUGGAAAUGCUGGUUUUGUUUGGCACUGCAGCCUGAUGAAUUAUCAUCAUAGUUUCUUGGCCUUCUUUGUAUGUACUUCACUUUAGUGUCGACAGCUUUGAUGAA